AUGGCGUCUUCUACAUAUGUUAUGGUGGUCUUGUUUGCUUUGAUUGCUGGAUCUGCGUUGGCUCAGUCACCCAUCGGAUCUCCAACGGUAUCACCGACGGCAUCUCCAACCGCGUCGCCUCCGUCGCCAGUUACAGCUCCUCCUACGAGCUCUCCGACUUCAUCACCGACUGAAUCGCCUUUAGCAUCUCCACCAGCUCCUCCUACUCCUCUAUCUCCCAGCGGCUCUCCGUCGUUGUCUCCUUCUGGCUCACCUGUUCCGACCGCUUCCCCUACUUCACCGCCGAACUCUGCUAGCUUGAACAGACUCGCCGCCGGAUCUGUUGCCGUGGUUGCCUUAGCUGCUGCUUUGGUUAUGUAG